UUGAAAGACAAAUUUUCAGAAGAAAAAGCUGUACAAUGUGAUGUAAGUCUGAAGCAUUCCAGUACACAAGUAGAAAUAUCUAUGGUUUACCAAGCAGUAAAUACAGUUAGAAAGAAACAAGGACUUACAUGUCAAGUAGAAGAUAUUAUAUCUGAAGAAGAAUAUUUACCUUCUACACAAGGAAUUACUGUGGAAAUAUCAGGGCAAGAAACAAAUACUGAUUCUACAUUAAAAAAAUAUGAUGUGCCUCUUGCCCUUGAUUUAAAAAAAAAAGUAGAAAGCUCUCCUGAUAGGUAUUUGGGUGUUCGCAAAAACUACUUUUGGUUAAUCGAUUACAUUUGUAAUGAUACAAAAACGCCAGCAGUACAUAUUUUAACAGUGCCCUUUAAAUUGGAACAUGGUGAUCCAUUUUAUAAGAUAGCUGAUUUGUUUAAUGUAUCAGAGAGAACACUCCAAAGAAUUUUCCCUAGGGUUUUAGAUAUGAUUUCCACAAUAUGUACACAAUUUAUUUACUGGCCUUCAGUAAUUGAUAUUAAAAAAAACUUGCCACUUUCUUUUAGAACAAAUAAAGACUAUUCUAAUGUACAGAGCAUUAUAGAUUGUUUUGAGAUAGAAAUAGAAAAACCAAACAAACCUGUAGAACAAUCAGCUACAGAGUCGCAGUACAAAACUGCAACACCAUAA